AUGCUGCCGCCGAGGCGCUUUUACUUCGGAAAAAUCAAGAAGUCCUGGGCCCCAGACCCGGACGAGCCAGACGGUGACCUGGCUCAGGGCCCGCGCGCCGUCGCGGGAGGGAGCCCGACUGGCUCUGAGCUCUCUCACCAGAGGUUUCGGGGUUUCCUCUACGCGGGACACGUAGGGCCUCGCAAGACCCUGCUCAAACUCCGGAACCUCUGCCUCGACUGGUUGCAGCCGGAGAUCCACACCAAGGAGGAGAUCAUCGAGCUCCUGGUCCUGGAGCAGUACCUGAGCAUCCUCCCCGCCAGGAUCCUGCCCUGGGUGCAGGCCCGGCGGCCGCAGACCUGUGAGAAGCUCGUGUCCCUCCUGGAGCUGUACAAGGAGAUGUACGAGCCCGAAGAUGACAGUGACGCCCAGGGCGAAGACAUGAACCGGAAUGGAGCAGACUUUCGCCCGCUGCGCGUCCCCUAUUUCACUGAGUACCGACCUGGACGGGCUGCAGCCGCGGCUGCCAUGGCCGAAGGAGAACGGGACCGGGACUGGGACCAGGACUGGGACCGAGAGCGCGCCUGGGACCGGGACCAAGCCUGGAACCAGGCCUGGGACCGCGCCUGGGACCGCGCCUGGGACCGCGCCUGGGACCGGGGCCGGGCCUGGGAGCGCGCCCGCAUGCGGGAGCGGGAGCGCAGGGCCCGCAGCAGAGAGCUGGCCGUGCGGGAGCGCUGGCCCUACAGGAUCCUCCGGAGAGGCUUAUUCCACCGGGACCUCUCCCUGCCCGCCACGAUGGAGCGGAACAUGGCCAUGGAGAGAGGGCGCCGCCGCCGCAGCCUCAUGAUGCAGUGCGAGCUGCAGUCCCAGGACACGAUGUCAUACGAGGACAUGGUGAAGCUGACCGAGGACCGGAAGGCUCAGAACUCCAUCAAGGACAACAUGGAGAACUACCAGAAGCUGCUCUUCCUGGGGCUUCAGCUUGCCGAAGACGAUGGCCACUCCCACAUGACACAAGGCCAUUCACGGUCACAGAGAAGUGCCUACCCCAGCACCAGCCGAGGUCUGGGAGCCGCGCCCGAAGCCAAGAAGUCAACCCACCGCCGUGGGAUCUGCGAGGAGGAGCCUUCGCAUGGAGCGAUCAUGGAGAAAUUCAACCAGGACGCCUCGCGCAACCCCGCGCCCGGACGGGCCAGAGAAACCAACGACCGGCUCCUGAGACUCCCCAGGAGGCCGGACCUCGACCCCAACAGGCAGUCCGUGAUCCAGGAGAGGGGCUGCGCGGGCAACGCCUGCGCAAACGCCUGCGCGGGCAACGCCUGCGGGGGAGGGGCCUUUCAUUGCAACCCCAACCCGGUCCCCAAAAAGAGGGUCCUGGAGAGAAAGAGGCGCUAUCAGUUUGACGCCGACGCCAAGGGCUCGGGGCAGGAGCAGAGGGGCUCGCCCCGGAAGAAGCCCUUCGAGUGCAGCGACAUGAGGAAGGCCCUGAGCACGAGCGGCCUCAGCGCCCCCGCCUCCGAGGCGCCGCCCCCCGAGUUCGCGGCCAUGCCCUACGUGUGCGACGAGUGCGGGAGGGAGUUCGCCGUCAUCUCCGAGUUCGUGGAGCACCAGAUCAUGCACACCCGAGAGAACCUCUACGAGUACGGCGAGGCCUUCAUCCGCAGCGCUUCCAUCAGCCGCAGGAACGCGGCCCGGGGGAGGUGCUACGAGUGCAAGGAGUGCGGGGAGACCUUCGGCAAGAGCGCCGAUCUGGCCGAGCACUGCCAGCUGCACGCCCGGGAGCGCCAGGCGGAGGGGAAGGACGGGAGCGAGGAGCCCUUCCUGCCCAGCCCCACCUUCAGCGAGCUCCAGAGGAUGUACGGGAAGGACAAGUUCUACGAGUGCAAGGUGUGCAAGGAGAGCUUCCUGCACAGCUCCGCGCUGGCUGAGCACCAGCAGAAAGCCCACGGCAGAGAAGGCAAGGAGGGCGAGGGCCCCACACCCGGCCCGGACUUCCAAGAGCUGCAGCGGGUGUACGCCCUGGGAGCCAAGGAGAAGACGUACGCGUGCAAGACGUGCGGGGAGACCUUCCGCCAGAGCUCCUCCCUGAAGGACCACCAGAAGGUCCACUCCCGGGCCAACCCAUUUGAGAGCAAGGGCAAGGCGGCCGAGGAGACCUUCCCCGCCGGGCAGCCCCUGCGGCGGCGCCAGGGCUCCUUCCUGCAGGAGAAGCUCUACGGCGUGAGAGUCGACCCGGGCGCCUACGGGCAGCCCCCCUGCUUCGGGGAGCCCCCCGCGGUUCCUCUGCGAAGUCACCUCCGUGAGGGCGGGGCCCACGGGAACUCCGUCACCCGCAGCGCGCCCUUCCCCGGGUCCCGGAGGAGCCACACCAUAACGAGGCCGCCCGAGGGCGAGGGCGAGGGCGAGAGGGCCUUCACCAUCGGCUCCAACCCCGACGACAGCCAGAAAGCUUCCACGAAGCUCCUUGGGAGGAAGCUAAACGAGAGGUCUGUCAUCCUCAGCUUAUCUUUUGCCGGAGCCCCGAAAAGUUACAGUGCCGCGGGGCCCACUUUUGCCAAACCAAGAGCGGUGGCCACGUCCACCAUCACCAGCGCCGGCGCCGCCGAGCAGAAAGCCCGUGCCGGAGAGACCCCUGAAGAGAAGAAAAACGAGAGGUCCGUCAUCCACAGCCCGCCCGUCUUCAAACUUCCCAGAAUUCCCAUUGCAAAGGAAAGGCACGAGAGGGGAGGGCCCUCCAAUCUGAACGACAAGCAACAGAAGACUUUCCUCCGGGCCAGCCCGAAAGAAAUGGACAGGAACAACAACUACAAGGACUCUGUGAUCCGCCGUGUGUCCGGCGCCGAAGCCCCAGAGAGCCUCGGCGCAGAGGGAGCCCGCGAGAUAAAGAAGGAGGGCGUCGACGCCCCCGAGUACCAGAAGGCUCGUGCCAAGAAGAAGAACAUCGAGCGCGGGGCCUGGGAGCCGUCGGCGACCCACCCCCUGCCCUUCGGGGGGCCGGACGCGUUCCGCCCCCGGGAGAAGCUGUACGAGUGCCCCGAGUGCGGGGAGGCCUUCGUGCGGAGCUCCGACCUCGCGGAGCACCAGAAGGCCCGCCACCGGAAGAAGCCCCUCGGAAACGGCAGCCACGAGCGCUCUGUCAUCCGCAGCCUGGCCGCCGCCGAGCCCAAGACCAGCUACGCUGACCAGGCAGUGCAGGUGGGCUAUGAUCGGGAGCCAGAGGGCCUGACCUGCAUUCAGCAGCCAGGGCAGAGCAGUUUGCUGGAGCAGAUAGUGGGCAUGAGUUUCGUGAAAGAGCCCGUGCAGAGCUACGCCGAAGAGCCAGAAGGCAGGGCCUGCAUGCAGCCGCCGACAGGCAUGACCUGCAUGCAGCCGCCGGUAGGCAUGACCUGCAUUCAGCAGCCGUUGGCAGGCAUGACCUGCAUGCAGCCGCCAGCAGGCAUGACCUGCAUUCAGCAGCCGCCGGCAGGCAUGACCUGCAUGCAGCCGCCGGCAGGCAUGACCUGCAUCCAGCAGCCGCCGGCAGGCAUGACCUGCAUCCAGCAGCCGCCGGCAGGCAUGACCUGCAUGCAGCUGCCGGAAGGCAUGACCUGCAUCCAGAAGCCCAGGAAGAAGAGUUUCCUCGAAGACCUGGUGGAGAUGAGCUACGUCCAAGAGCCCGUCGAGACUUACGGUCGGCGGCCAGUGGAGCUGAUCCACGCCCUGCAACCAGGGGGGAAGAGCGCCAUCCAACAGCCGGCACAGACGGGCCGUCCUCGACAGCCGGUGGGAAUGAGCCGUGCCGAACAGCCAGCGCAGACAAGCUACGCCCCACGCCCAGUGCCAGGGUGCAAGGACUGUGGGCAGUCCUUCGCCGCCACCGAAGCCCUCGGCCCGCAUCAGAAAAUCUACGCCUGUGAAGAGUUCCACGGAGGCUCUGUCAUUCGGGGCGCGGGCCAUGGCAGGUCAGAGUACGAAGAGCCGGAAGAGGAGGAGGAGGAGGGUUCUGAAGACUCCAUCUACGGGUGUAAGGACUGUGGGCUGGGCUUCGCAGAUCGGGCCGACCUGAAGGACCACCAGAAGGUCCACGGCAGAGAGUACCUCGUGGACACGCGUGAGUACGCGCAGUCCGUCAUCCACACCCACUCCAUCAGCGAGUACCAGAGGGGGAACACCGGGGAGCAGCUCUUCGAGUGCCCGGCGUGCGGCGAAUCCUUCGUCCACAGCUCCUUCCUCUUCGAGCACCAGAAAGUUCACGAGCAAGACCCCUACUACGGCCACCAGAGAUACAGCGAGCCUUUCGUGCACCCCUUCGUCAACCCACAGAGGUUCCGGGCCCCCCAGGCCAAUCCCACAGGCAUGUACCUUCAGUGCCACGUGUGCGGGCAAGAUUUCAUCCACGGCUCCGUCUUCAACGAGCACCUGGCCCUCCACGCGGGAGAGGGCUCCCAGGAGCAGGCCCCGAGGGGCAGCGGCGCCGCCAGCGCGGGCCUGGCCCUCGCCCAGCUGCAGAGAAGCCCGGAGGAGAGGCGCCACCAGUGCGGCGUGUGCGGUGAGGCCUUCCCCAGCAGGGCCGCCCUGAGGGAGCACAGGAAGGUCCACGAGAAGGAUGCCGAGCCCUACGACUACGGGGCUUCCUUCGUGCACACCUCGUUCCUCACCGAGCCCCCCAAGGGCGUCUCCCCGUUCUUCGAGUGCAAGGACUGCGGCCAGUCCUUCAUCCACAACACGGUGCUCACCAGCCACCAGAAGUCCCACGAGGAGGAGGAGGAGGAGGAGGAAGCAGCCGCCGCCCCGCAGGUGGAAGCCAGCGUGCUCAUUCCUCGCCAGGUCCUGCGCCUCCAGAGCUCAACCGCGGAGGCCGCCGAGCCGGAAGUGGAGGCCGCCGAGCCAGAAGUGGAGGCCGCCGAGCCGGAAGUGGAGGCCGCCGAGCCCAAUGGAGAGGCCGAGGGGCCAGAGGGGGAGGCCGCAGAGCCCGACGGCGAGGCCGAACAGCCCCCCGGGGAUGCCGACGAGCCGGACGGCGUGGGAAUCGAAGACCCCGAGGAGAGAGAGGAGGAGCCGGAGGGGAAGGCCGAAGAGCCCGAGGAAGACGCCGAUGAGCCGGAUGGCGCAGGAUUCCAAGACCCAGAGGAGGAGGAGGAAGACGACGACGAUGACGAGGACGACGAGGACGAGGACGACGACGAGAUCCAGGUUGAAGAGCCGUACUACGACUGCCGGGAAUGCGGAGAAACCUUCAGCACCACCUCGGCCUACGGGGAGCACCGCCAGACCCACGGCCGAGUGAUCAUCUUUGAGUCUGGCAACGGCUACGGGGAGAGCGCCCACCCCCCCGGGCACGCCAGCGCCAGCGCCAGCGCCAGCACCAGCACCAGCACUCACAGCAGCGACAAGCCUGACGACAUGUCCUUCAAGUGUGACGUCUGCGGCCAGCUCUUCCGCGACCGCCUCUCGCUGGCCAGACACCAGAACACCCACACCGGCUGA